AUGCUCCAUAUCUUCCUCAAGAUCGCCUUCCUACUGUAUUCCUUGAAGAUUAAUGGCCUGAAUGCCGAGAAGCCACUUUAUAAGGUCAACUGUAACGGUGGGAUCUCAUUUUACUCAGGCGGUCGAUACAACGUAGCAUGUAGGUUGAUACUGAAUGAGCUGGAAGAAAAGCAUUACAACUGCAAAAUUGAAAAUUGCUUGGAUGAUAGUAAAAGUCAUCAAUGGGUUCCUUUUAAGCACUGCCAACUCGCCAAGUCAAAUAACAAGGAUUUCAGCAAUCAACAAUGCUCACAAUAUAAUUACUUGGGAGAGAACAAAGGUUAUAGUUGUAGCAACGCCGCAGGUUAUCAAUAUGUUUGCCCAGACUAUAAUCCUUAUAAGGUGGAUUUCUUGACAUGCGAGCAUUGCCGUGCGGGAAACUGGUAG